AUGAAUCCUGGAGAUCUUUUAGGUUCAGGAACUAUUUCAGGAACUGAAAAGCAUGAAUUUGGUUCAAUGAUUGAAUUAUCUUGGUCAGGUUAAGAAAAAAUAUAACUUUCUAAUGGAUAAGAAAGAACUUUUAUUUAAGAUGGAGAUACUAUUACUAUGAAAGGUUGGGCUGAAAAAAACGGUGUAAGAAUUGGAUUUGGUGAAUGUAGUGGAAAAAUACUUCCUGCUCAUCCGGAAAAUAUAUAUUAUUGA